AUGAUUCGGAAUCGGCCUUCAGCCUUCGGCCAUCAGCCUUCGGCCAGUGGCACCUUCCAUCAUUCGGCGCGUGCGAUGUCUUCACAUCCCUCCAAUGAUUCGGAAUCGGUCUUCCGCCUUCGGCCAUCAGCCUUCGGCCUUCAGCCUUCGGCCAUCAACCUUCGGCCAUCAACCUUCGGCCAUUGGCACAUUCCAUCAUUCGGUGCGUGCGAUGUCUUCACAUCCCCCCAACGAUUCGGAAUCGGCCUUCAGCCUUCGGCCAUCAGCCUUCGGCCAUCGGCACAUUCCAUCAUUCGGCGCGUGCGAUGUCUUCACAUCCCCCCAAUGAUUCAGAAUCGGCCUUCAGCCUUCGGCCAUCAGCCUUCGGCCUUCAGCCUUCGGCCAUUGGCACCUUCCAUCAUUCGCGCGUGCGAAGUCUUCACAUCCCCCCCAAUGAUUAGGAAUCGACCUUCCGCCUUCGGCCAUUCAGCCUUCGGCCAUCAGCCUUCGGCCAUCGGCACCCUCCAUCAUUCGGCGCGUGCGAUGUCUUCACAUCCCCCCAAUGAUUCGAAAUCGGCCUUUAGCCUUCGGCCAUCAGCCUUCGGCCAUCGGCACCUUCCAUCAUUCGGCGCGUGCGAUGUCUUCACAUCCCCCCAAUGA